AUGUCUAUUGUGACAGCUGCACAUCAACGCAUAGCCAACAGAGAACGCGUUCCGCGUAAUUUUAGGGAUAGGUCAAACCCACUGGAGGACUUGUCAGCUGCUGACAUAUUUGCAAGAUACAGGUUUCACCCAGAUACCAUUAUGGAUCUCCUGAGGCAGCUACCUGACUUAUCUACUCCUACAAAGAGGAACCUCCUAAUUCCACCCCUCCUUCAGCUGCUUGUGACAUUGAGAUUUCUUGGUACAGGUGCCACCCACAUCCUUGUUGGUGAUGAUGUGAAGAUCUCAAGAUCAACAGCAGGGCGAUGUAUAAGGCAGGUAUCGGCCCUUAUUGCAAAUUUGGCACCAAACUACAUCAGCUUUCCAAGGGGAGAUCAGGCGCACCAAGUGAUGCUGGAGUUUGCACAAAUUGCAGGUUUUCAAAAAGUGUUGGGUUGCGUAGAUGGUACACAUGUUCGAAUGAUCAAACCAUCAGGGCCUCAAGAGGCAGAUUUCGUAAACAGAAAACAGUACCAUUCAUUAAACGUGCAGAUGGUAUGUGACCCAGCUUUCAAAAUUACAAGCAUAUGUUGCAAUUGGCCAGGUGCAACUCAUGACAACCGGAUUUUCAAAAUGUCUUCAUUGUGCCAUCAAUUUGAACGAGGUAAAAGAAGUUGUUCGUUUAUUAUUGAGACCUUGACCUUUCAAACAUGACCCUAUUUAACAAGAGACCUAUGGACCACAUUGUUUAACUGAUUUUUGAGAAAAAAUAAAAAACUAAUAAAUAUUAAAUUCAUUGCUUAUAAUUUAAUUUUCCUACUCUUCAUUGUAGAUAAAAACGGUCAUUCGACCUUUAAAAUGACGUAAAAUUGUACAAAAUUCAAACAUUACGUCAGGCGUAUUGAUACAUUUUUGACGUUAGCCUUACUAUGACGUAGGCAACAUUCUUUAUAUGAUAUAAAAUUAUUUUUUCAGCCAAUCAGAAAGCGCGUUACAACCAGAAUUAAAUAAUAUCGGUGUAUGACUGUUUAAGGAAGGAGUCUUUUCUGGUUUUUGACUUGUCAAACGUAAAUUUGAUUAAAUGUUCUAAAUUUGAUUAAAUGUUCAUUAAAUCAAGCUGAAAGGAAAUUAAAAUAGUAUAUUUUCUUUUUUUUACCUUCAUACAACUUGGCAUAGAAAAAGUAAUGAAUGUUUAGAAUCUAACAAGGACUAUAUUUUUGGCGUAAUAUUGGCGUAGGAAAAUAUCAAAUGUUUCGCAAUUCAGAAUUGCUGCAGAUUAAUGAGUCUGUUUUAGCAUUUUAAAAACAAUAACAUUAAUG